UAACGUUCGAAAUAAUCUAUUCGGAUGAGAUCAACCGUUGGUAUCACGAGCUAGCUGAGAUGUCGUCUCGUGCGGCCUGAUUCAAAUUUUCUUUAUUCGGGCACUUGCCAAAUGAGCAGCCUCUUCCACGAUCGUAGUCAUCGGUGUUCAUGAGCUAAUUACUGUGGCCCAGCAGGUCAAGCUUGAUUGUGCCGCCGACCUGCAGGGACAGCAUACGAACGUUGACAGCGGUGCAGGAGCCUACAAAGCGGUCGCAUUUCUUAGUUCGCCGUAUCGCAUCACGUAACUGCACGGAUCACUUGCUUCUAACACCGCUCCCGCCAACCAGGUGACAAUUCUCUCUAAAUGCCUCUACCUUAACAUCUGCCCAAGGCUACUCGUGGACUUGGUGUCUGGGCUCCAGACAUGAGCAGAGUGGCCUCUCAGGAGAUAGCUGGCAAGUACGGCUUGUGUGGAGCAUCGCGGGCUAGCGGGGACGGCGGUGGUGGUGGAAAUGAGCCCAGCCUUCGGCAACUGGAGGAGCUCAAGCGUAAGCUCAAGGAGGACAUGCGCAAAGAGCUAAAGAUAAAAGAGGGUGCUGAAAAUCUGCGCAAGGCAACCACCGACCGCAAGAGCCUAGCCCAUGUGAACUCCAUUGUCAAGAAAGCCAAUUCACGCCUCAAUGACCUGCAGCGGCAACUCAGUGACCUCACAGCUGAUAUUCUGGUCACCCAGGGGCAUCCGUCACCCGAAGGUGUGCAGCCACUUUCGACGGAGUCCUUCUAUGGUGACAAGGGGGACGUGCCACUUUCAACGACAGACCAGCGGUUGCAGUCACUAGAGAAGCAGCUGAAUAUUGAGCUGAAAGUAAAGCAGGGCGCCGAGAACAUGCUACAGAUGUACAGCUCCGGCCCUUCCAAGGACCGCAAGAUGCUGGCUGAGGCACAGCAGAUGCAAGCGGACUCAAAAGUCAAGAUUGACUACAUCCGCAUGAUGAUGGCUCGACUGCGGCAGAACCAGGAUAGCCAUACCAAGGAUGUUGGUGAAGGCUGCUCAAACAACCACCUGGACAACACCACUGGAGGUAAGAUAUCUGAGGUUAUGUCACCUGUAGAGCUUCAGAUAGAAGACCUCCGUCAUCGGCUCAAGGUAGAGUGUGCUGUUGUAGAAGGAGCGAAGAAUGUGCUCAAGCUAUGUCAGGCUGCAGGAAAAGUCACAGAUCGUAAAGUCUUCCAAGAGGCACAGAACAGUUUAGUUGAAUCAAGUGAGAAACUUGAUUUGGUUCGCCGGUCACUGGAACUGAAGCGUGCCGAACUGUCACCAGGCAGUGCCAAGUGGCAAUUGCUCAAGCGCGAGUUGGAAUCUAGCCAGCUGGUGAACCCUUACUCGCCAUCCAUAGUGCCACAUGGGCCCCGAACUGAGCAGCCAGGCUUGCCAGCAUCUCCGCUAAGCCCAUUGGCAGCCAGCCCAAGCGUGCCUCUCUCAAAGCCAGCUUCUGUCACGGGUCAGCUUCAAGUCAGGCUGAUGGGUUGUCAGGGCUUGCUGGAAGAUGUUCCAGGUCGGCUGCCUCGAGCGCAAGUGGCAGGGAUGGGAGCCGAUUUGCGCAGUAGCCUUGUUCGAGCCACAGGUCGAGGCUUCUCUGGGCGCAACUCCUCACGCUCCUACAGCAUCAAAGAAGAAACCUCUAAUGAAAUUAUGGCUGUUUUAAAGCUUGACAAUGUCCAUGUGGGCCAGACCACUUACAAGCCAUGUAGUCAGCAAGCAUGGGACCAGAGGUUCACUGUUACUCUCGAUAGGUCUCGAGAACUGGAGAUCCAGGUAUACUGGAAAGAUUGGCGUGGCAUGUGUGCUGUGAAGUUUCUCCGGCUGGAAGAGUUUAUUGAUGAUGACAGGCAUGGCAUGGCUCUCCAUCUGGAACCUAAGGGACUUCUCUUUGCAGAGAUUAAGUUCCUGAACCCAAUGAUCUCAAGAAAACCUCGUCUACAGCGACAGCGAAAGCUUUUUAUUCACAAAGAUAUGUUGAAGCGUUUCUUCCGAAAGAACUUUCUCCGGCCAACACAAAUGAACAUCAAUGUGGCCACUUGGGGUCGCUUGAUGAAGCGAGCUAUGCCUCCUGGCUGCUCUGACCAGGUGACAACAGUCAGCCCUCCUGAUGCACUUCUCUCUACAGCUCCGGUUCCCACACCUCCUGACUUGGACAGUCUAGUGGUCACCAAGCUCAACUUUGAAGACAGCAACGAAACUGACACGUUGAGUCCAUUGUCACCACUUCAGACAUCACUUGAAGUAGAUGUUCAGUCUGCACUUGGGGAGUUUGACUUCUUACAACAAGAGACGUCGCCAAUGGCCGUGGAGCAAAAGGCACAGCCUGCCUCGAACACUGUAACCAGUGGCCAUUCACCAAGUCCUGAGCCCAUAGUUGAACUGGCUCCUGAUGAAGAGGAGGAAGUAAACAAACUUGGCGAGCCACUGCAGCUGACAACUACGACCGUAACUGUGGUUGAAAGUGCCCAGGGAUCUUUGACCCUUGAGGAUUUUGAAUUUAUAAGUGUGCUGGGGCGAGGACACUUUGGAAAGGUAAUUUUGAGUAAGCACAAAGUAUCGGGCCAAUACUUUGCCAUUAAGGCUCUAAAGAAAGGAGAUAUUGUGGCACGAGAUGAACUGGAAAGCCUCAUGGCAGAGAAACGCAUUUUUGAGGUGGCAAACUCUAUCCAGCACCCAUUCCUCGUCAACCUAUUUGCCUGCUUCCAGACUGUGAAUCAUGUGUGCUUUGUAAUGGAGUAUGCCUGUGGAGGGGACCUGAUGAUGCACAUCCAUACUGACAUUUUCCCAGAGCCUAGAGCUGCCUUUUAUGCUGCCUGUGUUGUUCUGGGACUGCAGUUUCUUCAUGAAAAUCGCAUCAUCUACAGGGAUCUCAAGCUGGACAACCUGUUGCUUGAUGCUGAGGGCUACGUGAAAUUGGCCGACUUUGGUCUGUGCAAAGAAGGCAUGGGCUAUGGUGAUCGGACAGGCACUUUCUGUGGCACACCUGAAUUUCUGGCACCUGAGGUGCUGACUGAAACUUCGUACACUCGAGCUGUUGACUGGUGGGGCUUAGGUGUCCUGGUCUUUGAAAUGCUGGUGGGCGAGAGCCCUUUUCCUGGUGAUGAUGAAGAAGAAGUGUUUGACAGCAUUGUGCAUGAUGAAGUUCGAUACCCACGCUUCCUCUCCAUAGAGGCUGUUGCCAUUAUGCGGAGGCUGUUAAGGAAAAACCCUGAAAGGCGCCUUGGCACGAGUGAGAAAGAUGCAGAGGACGUCAAGAAGCAAGCCUUUUUCAGAAACAUUAACUGGGAACAUCUGCUUCUGAAAAAGCUGAAGCCCCCGUUUGUGCCUACUGUGAAAAGCCCGGAAGAUGUCAGCAACUUCGAUGAAGAGUUCACGUGUGAGCAAGCAGUCCUGACAGCGCCCAAGGAUCCCCGCCCCCUCACUCAAGAGGAGCAGGCACACUUCAAGGAUUUUACUUACACCAGUGGCUGGUGCUGAAGAGCUCCACAUGCCUCUACCUGAAAGCCUUUCCCUCCUCUUGCUGUAUCUUCCUGUCAUCGGGCAAAACCUAGAAGCAUGUGGUGCUUCUGUACAACAGGAAAUCAGCACUGAGCAUUUCAGGAAAAAGAAAGUGGGCUCAUUGUGAACAACUGCUGAGAUAUCUUUAAGGAGACUGUUGAUCAAGGACAGCUGUAGAGUUUGGGGUCUGGUCGGGUAGUGUGUGGCAUUAUUGCUUUGCAUUUUGUGAGCGCGUGCUGCCUGCCAGUGUGCUUAACGCCCAACAUCAGUACUGUGCUUGUGUGCUAAACAGGUUUUGCAUAUGAUAUCCUCCCUUGAGUGUCCUGCAGGCAAAAUGUGUGGCAUUCUGCUUUGUUUUUUGCGAAGUAGGGCAGCUAAGUGACAGACUUAACGUGGAUAUCUGCAGAAAAAUAAAGCAAUUAUGAGCAUGA